AUGGAUGCCAAUGAGUCAACUCAGUCUCCCCCGCCCUCCAUGGUUUCUACAUCGUCACCAGCUCCAGGCAAGGUUCAAAAGUCUGGAAGAAGACAGAGUACCAUGCAAGCAGCACCUGAAAACAUAGCGCGGGCAUUAGAAAAUAUGACAGACAAGGUCAAACUCGAGGAGGGAACGUCGAACAUGGUUUCAGAAUUCUCUUCGCAGCUUGGGUUAGAUGGUUCACAUAUAUCUCCCACUGCGUCCACACAAAACCAAAAGAAGCCAUCGCCCACAGAAACUACCAGGAAAGACUCGCAGUCUCCCCAAGUAUCAAGCUGCUGCUCUCAAAAUCAAAAGCCGAAGACACCCUCCCCGACCCCAGCUCCUACUGCGGCUGCUGCUCCGGCCCAGAAUGGUGGAUCUUGCUGCGGGGGGUCUCGCCCUCCCACGACAAAUCCUGUUGUGUACCCAGAGGCCGACCAGCAGCAAUUCCAACAACCUAUUGCUUGGGAUGAUCAGAGUUACAUGCAAUUCCCCAUGCCCCAAAUGUCCCCAUGGCCGAAUAACUCGAUUCCCACACAAGGAGACUACAUGCAUUCCAUCAUGCAGCAAGCACAUCCCCAACAUCCAAGCCUUCAUAAUGGGUACAUGGGAAUGCUGUUGCCACACUCUCAGCCUCAAAUGGCCCAAAUGGGGAUGUCCGUCGGUGUGACCUCGCCGCCGUCCCUGGCGUACUCCAAUCCGAUGAACGGGCUUGGAAUCACGCAGCCAUCUAUGGGUCCGUAUAUGCUGAACAAUCUUGAGCCUUCCUGCAAUGCUCCACUAAGCGGUGACUCUUGUCACGAGUGUAGCUGUGGAGAAGAUUGCCAGUGUCUUGGCUGCGCUGCUCAUCCGUUCAAUACCACAACUCGGAAACAUGUCCAAGAGAUGGGUGCCAUGAUAACCUCUAACGGCGAUGACAAGAAUUCGGAAGUCAUCAACCCUUACAAAUCCUCACCUUACCAGGGAGGCACACCUUCGACCCCAUUCCCUUACUUCAUGCAAAGCACUCCUUCAAUGGACCACGGCUUCCAGCCGAUGCCAUUUGAUAGCUACUCGGAUCCAAAUUCCACCCUACCCAGUGGUUACUCCUCUCCUUUGUCGGCAAGCCACCAUAUUAACCAGCAGUUGAUGCAUCCUUCAGAGUAUUACACCCUGGAAUACCCAGUCGGGCUACCAAGCGCCUGUUCUGAUAUGACGGGCAGCUGCCAAUGCGGCAGCGACUGCAGUUGUGUCGGCUGUCUCACACACAGCGGCCACAACGGUCUUUCUCUGGACGUGCCUAUCCCCGAGCACCCCAUUGCCAACACGGCUGACAGGCAGACCCAACCCUCGCGCCAUGCUCCCCACACAAAUUCUGCUACGUCUCAGACUUCGCGGAUCCCGGUAUUAGACAAUGUGUCUGUGCCCUGCUUGAGUCCGCGCACUCUGGAGACCUCCAUGAUCUAG